CUCGAGCCGGGCGACUGAGAAGCCCAGAGGCCGGAGAGCACAGCGCCCCUGCCAGGAAUUGAGGAGACUGAAGAGGGCAGAAGGCAGACUGAUGGGCUCAUUUGGUAGGCUCCAUCAUCUCGCCAUGACUGCCGAAAAUCCGACACCUGGAGACCUGGCUCUGGCCCCCCUUGUCACUUGCAAACUCUGCCUGUGUGAACAGUCUCCGGAUAAGAUGACCACGCUCCAGGAAUGCCGGUGCAUCUUUUGUACAGCUUGCCUCAGACAGUAUAUGCAGUUGGCAAUCCGAGAAGGAUGUGGGUCUCCCAUCACUUGCCCUGACAUGGUGUGCCUAAACCACGGGACUCUGCAGGAAGCGGAGAUUGCCUGUUUGGUACCCGUGGAUCAGUUUCAGCUGUAUCAGCGGUUAAAAUUUGAACGUGAAGUUCACCUGGAUCCCUACCGAACAUGGUGUCCUGUUGCAGACUGUCAGACAGUAUGCCCCAUCGCUUCAAGUGACCCAGGACAGCCUGUGCCGGUGGAAUGUCCGUCUUGCCACCUGAAAUUCUGCUCUUGUUGCAAGGAUGCUUGGCACGCAGAAGUCUCCUGUAGAGACAGUCAGCCUAUUGUCCUGCCAACAGAGCAUGGGGCCCUCUUUGGGACAGACACAGAAGCCCCCAUUAAGCAAUGCCCAGUUUGUCGGGUGUAUAUCGAACGCAAUGAAGGCUGUGCUCAGAUGAUGUGUAAGAACUGCAAACACACAUUCUGCUGGUACUGUCUCCAGAACCUGGAUAAUGACAUUUUCCUCAGACAUUAUGACAAAGGACCAUGUAGGAAUAAACUUGGCCACUCAAGAGCAUCAGUGAUGUGGAACCGAACACAGGUGGUGGGGAUUCUUGUAGGAUUGGGCAUCAUUGCCUUGGUGACUUCACCCUUGUUACUCCUGGCUUCUCCGUGUAUAAUCUGUUGUGUCUGCAAGUCCUGUAGGGGCAAGAAGAAAAAGCACGACCCCUCCACAACCUAAACAUCUCUGUGUUCACGUGCCACAGAUGUCUGGGUUAUAUGAAACAGCACAGUGAUAAAGCCCCACUUAGUGACCUUUCCUCCUUCUCCUUGCCAAACUUUGGAAGUGCCUCUGUGUCCAGACUUUGAACUUG